AGUUUGAGACGAUUGCAGUGUUCUGCUCUGGUGAGAUUAGUUUUGUUUUCAGUUUCAGCUCUCUGAAAAGAAAAGAUUUUUAACUGGAUCUACAAGGUCAUCUGUUCUAAAAUAAUUUUUAUCAAAGUGAAAGUGAAAUUGACGGGAGAGAACGACAGCAGCAGUAAAACAAAAUGGCUUCUAACUUUUUAGAGGAGGAUUUCUCCUGUCCUGUGUGCUGUGAAAUCUUCAAGGAUCCUGUUGUUCUGAGCUGCAGUCACAGUGUUUGUAAAGGGUGUUUGCAGCAGUUCUGGGAGGCCAAAGGAUCCAGAGAAUGUCCUGUUUGUAGGAGGAAGUCAUCUAUGUCUACGCCUCCUGUAAGUCUGGCCUUAAAGAACCUGUGUGAGACUUUCGUACAGGAGAGACGUCAGAGCUCUUCAUCAGGGUCUGAAACAGUCUGCAGUCUGCACAGUGAGAAACUCAAACUCUUCUGUCUGGACGAUCAACGGCCGGUGUGUGUGGUGUGUCGGGAUUCAAGAAAACACACUAACCACAAAUUCUGCCCUAUUGAGGAGGCAGCAACAGACUGUAAGAAGGAGCUCAAAACUGCACUGAAGCCACUACAGGAGCAACUGAAGAUCUUUAAAGACUGUAAACUGAACUGGAGUCAGACUGCAGAACAUAUAAAGAUUCAGGCCCAACAAACAGAGCGUCAGAUUAAGGAGCAGUUUGAGAAGCUUCACCAGUUUCUACGAGAUGAAGAGGCAGUCAGGAUCGCUGCACUGAGAGAGGAAGAGGUGCAGAAGAGUCAGAUGAUGAAGGAGAAGAUUGAGAAGCUGAGCAGUGACAUAUCAUCUCUUUCAGACACAAUCAGAGCCAUAGAAGAGGAGAUGAGAGCCGAAGAUGUCCUGUUCUUACAAAACUACAAGGCCACAGUGAAAAGAGCCCAGUGCACACUGCAGCAUCCAGAGGAGCUUUCAGGAGCACUGAUCCACGUGGCACAACAUCUGGCCAACCUGAAGUUCAGAGUCUGGGAGAAGAUGCAGGACACUGUCCAGUACACACCUGUAACUCUGGACCCCAACACUGUUCAUCCUAAACUCAUUGUAUUUGAUGAUCUGACCAGUGUGAGACGCAGUGAUGAGGAACAGAAACUUCCCUAUAAUCCAGAGAGAUUUGAUAAAUGUUUGUGUGUCCUGGGCUCUGAGGGCUUUAACUCAGGGACACACUGCUGGGAUGUUGAAGUUGGAGACUGUACAGUCUGGUAUGUGGGUGUGAUGACAGAAUCUGCUCAGAGGAUGGAGAAUGUAUUCUCCAGAAGUGGAAUCUGGUGUGUGGGGUUUUAUGGUGGUGAAUACGGAGCACGUUCUACACCACAACCAUUUACUCUCCUCUCAUUAGAACAGAAACUCCAGAGGAUCAGAGUAAAACUGGACUGUGACAGAGGAAAGCUGUCAUUCUCUAACCCUCUGACUAACACACACAUACACACUUUCACACACACAUUUACUGACAAAUUACUGCCAUAUCUAAGUGUUAUUGGUUCUCUAAAGAUUCUGCCACUUCAGUGCUCUGUAAGAGUGAAUCAGAUCAGUUAGAGCAGAUUUUUACAGAAGCACUGAACAGUUCAUUGGGAAAAGUUUACUGAAGUGCUGUGACGUUAUUUUCGACUGACCUUGUAAAUUAAGCCAAACUAACUGAAAAUAUUGAUAGAAUAUCUUUUUCUAUUCAAUGAUAACUCAGUAAAGAUACAUCAAAUUUGAAAACAUCGGAAUUGAAAUUCCAAGUUAACAAAGUUCAACUACAUAGUGCUUUCCCCCACAGCUUUCAGUUCAGGGCAGAAGUAAAUUAAAGAGGAAAGUAAAAACUUUUCCUGUGAUGAUCCGGUCAUGCUCUGACAUAAUAAACACUUUUUUCAAUUUCUCCUCAAAUGUCCGAAGUUGGAAAUGGUGUUAUUAGAAUUUACAAGUCACCGCAAACGCAGCACCAUUCUUACUUUUUUCUAGAGUUGUUUACUAUGGUAGUAUCCCAGUUAUUUGAGGAUUUUAAGCUUGAAAGUUCACAGCAGUGAUCACUGGUGUACUAACCAUGGACCAUACACAUAUACAUAUACUCAAUCAUAUAUAUAUAUAUAUAUA